CACAGAAGACAGAGCCCACGGAACACUUCCUUAACUGCUCAAGAUGAGAUCUCAAUCCGUUGUGGCUGUUCUGCUAAUUUGCAUGCUCUUGGCAGCUGAUGUGGACGGCUGGCGUGUAAGACGGACCCUGCGGCGGAUCCGCAGAGUAUUGAAGCCCGUCUGUAAGUGGGCCUGUCCUCGGGUAUGUCCACUUGUGUUCAAAGAUGGUAUUUGGAGGCAUGUCUGCGGGUUCACCUGUAAAACAGUCUGUGGAAGGAAGAAGCGCGAGCUGGAAAACGGAACACACGUGACACCUCUGCCGACAGACUUUGGGUUCUACGACAUGGAUAAAAACGGCUUCCUCACCGUCUAUGAGAUAGCCGACGCCUUGGGCCAUCUGGAAAUCGAAGAUGGUCUCUACAUGGCCUUUAACAGUUCAGAUACCAACCGUGAUGAAAAGCUGUCAGAGGAUGAGUUCCUUUUAUCUACAGCCUUUGUUUUCGCUGAGGAGCCUGAGGAAUCGACCUGAUUAGCAGACUAACGGCUUAAAUCCUACGUUAAACACAGAUUUAAUGUCCGUUUUUAUAUACCUCUUGGCAUGCGCAUGCGUGUUUAUACAAAACAACAAUCUUCUCUACCUUAGUUCUUGAAGCUGUCGUGUAAACAA